AUGGGUAACUCAACAGGAAGCACCGUGGAUGACCUGCAGGCAGUGGAGAUGCACCUCUGGUACAAGAAAUUCAUGACGGAGUGCCCCUCAGGUCAGCUCACCCUGCACGAGUUCAAGCAGUUUUUCGGGCUGCGAGGGUUGGAUCCUGAGGCCAACGCCUACAUCGAGCAGAUGUUCCGCACGUUUGACAUGAACAAGGAUGGCUACAUAGACUUUAUGGAGUAUGUGGCGGCUCUCAGUCUGGUGAUGCGAGGAAAGAUGGAGCACAAACUGCGCUGGUAUUUCAAACUUUAUGAUGUGGAUGGUAACGGCUGCAUUGACCGGCAUGAACUCCUCAACAUCAUAAAGGCCAUCCGUGCAAUCAAUGGGAAUGAAAAUCAGGAAGGAACUGCUGAGGAAUUCACGAACCGCGUGUUUGACAGGAUUGAUAUAAACGGAGAUG